AUGUGUUCAUCUCAUGAUGUUACUGUACUUGAAUCACUUCCAGAUGAGUUACUUGUCAUUAUUCUGAAAUUCAUUCAUUCUAUCGAACGUCUUCGAAGUUUCAAUAAUUUGAAUUCACGUUUUGAUCAAUGUCUUCGAGAAGUUGGCGUGGGAAUCGAAGAUGAUUUAGCUACAAAGGAAGUUAUUGACAAAUUUGGCGAACGUAUCAUCUUUAUACGUUGCUAUAAACGCAAUGAAAUACUUGAUCUAAAUCAAUUUCGAUCGAUUCGUUCAUUAACACUCUUCGAUGGUAUAUUAUCACAAGUACACUCAAUAAAUUCUCAUUCUAUGUUAUAUAUUUCACAUAUCAGUCUAAAAACAACUAGUAUUUCUAAUAUGAACGAAGCUCAUACAAAUAUACUUCGUGAAAUAUUACAUGGUAAAUUUCCAUGGCUCACAUCGAUUCAUUUAUCCAAUGCCAUGUUCGACUUCAAUGAUGAAUUAUUCAAUAAUUUUACACCGUGUUUCAGAAUUCGCUCGGCAACUAUUGGCCUUUGUCAUGUGUCAUUCUUUGAGAUAUUACUUACUUAUUUGCCUAGUCUUAUCUUUUUGAAAAUUCAUAUUGGUGAAUGGUAUUUAGUACAUGCAAACGACAAUGCCAAAGUAUUGCCAGAUGAAUGGUCACACGCCGCGUUAAGUAUUUUAACACUUGAAAUUGAUUAUCCAUUUGAUGAACAUGAUCUUGAAUGGCUUGAAGGGCGACUACCUGCUCUCAUAUUUCUCGAGGUCAACGAUCGAUAUGAUCGCAAUCAUCUAUUACAUCAUUGGUAUAUUGAAUACAUCACAGACGAUCAUGAGAUGAAUGAAUGA